CGAGCGCACAUCGAGCUCGGAAAUGCAAGUGACGUGUCUUUCUUAUGCGAAAUAAACAUCGACAAAAAGGUAGUUCUCGACCAAGGCCAGGCAAGAGUGACAGAAUAUUGCACAUGUAGUGUCACGCAUACUGAGCAGGGGUGUUCAGAGCUAGGCUGCCAACAUGGUACAAAUGUCGUCAGAGUUUGUCUUCACCCUCGUAUACCUGCUGAUCUGCCUAUGCCUCAUCUUCCCUCCGACUGAGGUCCGAUCAGCUGGACUGACCCUGCAGAAUGUGCUGUCGGCCUGGCUGGGCAGCGAAGACAUGCAGUUUAUCCAGUACCACAUCAAGAGGACCACGGCGGCAGCCUGGCUCCACUCAUUGUUACCCCUAGGUUACUACAUCGGUCUUGGCUUUGCUUGUCCUAAACUGAACCUCUUUCAAAUCAGUGAACUUAGUUAUGGGUGGCUUGCCUAUUUAGGCAUCGCAGCAGCAAUCCACCUGUUAGCCUGUGCGCUCAGCUGCUAUUGGGUGACAAACAAGUUUGGUAAUCAUCCAAUCGCCUGGGCCCUGCAUCACCAAGGUAACAACAGCCCCUGGACGGAUGUGGCAGCCAGAAUCAAUGAGGAAUUCCGGCGAAUCGACAAGUUCACCACGGGGCCGCCGGACCUUCGUGUCAUCGUCACAGACUCGUGGGUGAUAAAGACAUGGGCGUAUGGGGUCAAUGUGGCCCACCAAGCUGACUGCCACCUAAACCUCCUGCGGACUGAGGACCAUGCCAUCUCGCACGAGAGCAGGACUGGCGUCCAGUACUUGGCCAUGCAAGUCAUCAGCGCCAACACCCACAUCAAGGCAUUUGAAAUAAGGUUACUCUCGUCAGAUUACAAGGACCUACGAGACAAGCUGACCGUCCCUGUGGUCAACGCCCGUAAUGUGGUCAUUCAACAGACCCUCACAGAUCGCUUUCUGGAAGCAUUCAGGGAACAAGUUCACCGCAAUCCAUUAUUUGUCCCUGCCCCGGGAUCCCCAGCACCCGACAACUGCAUCGGCUGCCUGCAGGUUCGAGCCGACAUCAAGCUGGUCAAGCAGUGCGCGGAGGGGCAGCAGGGCGAUUGCAUCCAGUGCUUCUGUCGGCCCAUGUGGUGCUUGGAGUGCAUGUGCAAGUGGUUCGCCAGCCGGCAGAACCAGAGCCAACCGGAGUCAUGGAUGGCGAGCAAGUCGCCCUGCCCGACGUGCCGCUCUAAAUUCUGCAUGCUGGAUGUCUGCUUAAUCCAUCCAGAAUGACACGAACUGUUCUCAUUCCCCAGAGCGACGACCUUCAACUCUACAAUGUACUAUCUUGUAAAUUUUAUUUUAAAACAGGUGUAAAUACAAUAACGUAUUCAGCUUGUACAAUAAUUAUGAAAAGAGAGAAAAAGAUGGCCUUUGAUGCACACAAAAAAAUAUGUAUUACAUUUAUUUUUCCAUCAUGCUGUCCAUUUGUGACGGUUUAUUUGUUAUAGUUCACGGGGAUGUAAUGGUGGUAUGUGCUGUGUAAGAACAGUAAUAUUAUUAGUAUUCUCAAAUAAUUAAUCAUAGUUUGUAAAGAAUGACACUGGAAUUGGAAAAAGCCAGAGAAAAUUAACAGGCAAAUGGCUUGGACUUAAAAGUAAAGAAAUCGUCAGAUUUACUCAGAAAUACUUUAGGAAUGAAAUGCAACAAUAUUUUGAAUGCCUUUGAGGCAUCUAGAUCUCAGAUUUACAGGAAAUACCUAUUUCAUAUUUUGAAAAAAAAAUAAAAGGUCAGCCUUGGAAAAAAAAUUGCAUUAGGCCAAAUGUUGACUUUUGUGUUAUUCACUCAGAAAUCCUGUUUUGAUGAAAUAUUUUGAAUGUUUUGGAUUCAGCUAGAUCAAAAUUUUACAGAAAAUACAGCUUUAUAUGUUGGAAAAACUUCAAGAGAUUAGCUUUGCAAAACAAGUAAAUGUGGGUAAAAUUUUGGACUUCACUCCAGUUUACUAAAAAUGCUUUAUGAAUGCAAUUUCGCAGAAAAGACAGAUUCCAUAUUUAAAAAAAGAGAUAAGCAUUGCCUAAGAAUAAUAUUGGUGUGAAAUUUGACUUUUGUGCAAAAAUCACUCGGAAUACACUUUUUGAAUGUCAAAAUUUUAAUUUUCUGCAAAUGAGUCGAAAAUAGUGUUUGCAUGAAAAGAAACAUAUUUUACAUGUCUUGGAUUCAUUUCAUGCCAAUUUCACAGAAAAAUAAAGAUUUCACAUUUUUGA